AGAUCCUUUUUUCUCUCCUUUCUUGCUGUGUUACUCAUAAAAAAAAAAAUCGGCAGAGCCGAGCUCUCCUACCAGGCCGUGCACAGCAAUGGCUUCUGCCUCUUUUGAUCCUAUGGAUCGUCUCCCUACAGGUCUCAAGUUGUUUGUCCGGAAUCUCCAAUCUCUAACCCCGGUCAAGCUUGAUGACACCAAUUAUCCCUCUUGGUCAGCCACCGUCCGUGCAAAUCUCCUCGCUCAUCGUCUUCUCGGCUAUGUGGAUGGAUCUGAACCGUCUCCUCCGUCUCUUAUUCUUGAUGAGAAGGCUGCGUCACCGGGAAAGGAUGAACCGCCGGUUAUGAAACCAAAUCUGGCCUAUGAAUCGUGGCGUAUUGUUGACGCUCAAAUUCGGGCCUGUCUCCUUGCUAUUGUCUCACCUGCGGUUCAGACACAUAUUCAUGCUCUUCCCACCUCGCUUGCAAUUUGGAAUCAUCUAGAACAACGGUACAACUCUCUUUCACGAACUCAUAUAUUUCAGUUGAAGGAGCGUCUCCAUGGUGUUACUAAGGGGACCGAUUCGAUGCAAUCCUAUUUGGACAUGGUUCUCACUAUUGUGUCGUCUCUCAAACUGGCUCAUGAAGAAAUCUCUGAACAAGAUAUUAUCCUUUGUGUUCUACGAGGUCUACCGGCCGACUAUGCCUCCCUCAAGCAAAAUAUUCGCACCAAUAUUGCCACCGUCACUUUUAAUCAGGUCUCCUCUUGGUUGUUGUCUGAAGAAUUGAAUUUAUCUUUUGAGAAAAAAUUGUCUCUUGGUGACUCCGGCUCUACUUCGUCUGUUGAAAUUCAUACUGCUCUCUACACCAACUCCAGACGAGGCAAUGGUCGGGGUCGUGGCCGUGGACCACAGCGAGGCCGAGGAGGGCCUUACCGCGGCAGUCAGCCCGGCGGCAGAGGCGGCCGGCAGCCGCACCUCUCUCAACCGAACUACAAAAAGUGGAGUCGCCUUUUCCUCCUCUUGGUUCGCCGAUUCAAUCUCCAAGGCUACAUCAAUGGCUCCAUUGUCCCUCUCUCUAAAGACGACGAUGAGUGGCUCCAACUUGACGCUCUCCUCCAGGGAUGGAUCUUAUCCACCAUCUCCGACGAAGUCUCAGAUCUGGUUAUCUCCUCUGUCUCCACCGCUUCUGCUCUUUGGAAAUUUAUUCAUGAUCUGUUUCACGACAACAAGAAUACUCCUGCCAUGCAACUAGAGCACGAGUUCCGUACCACUGUCAAAGGCAACACCACUAUGGCGGCCUACUGUCAGCAUCUGCAAAAUCUCGCAGAUUGGCCGGAGGAUGUUGAUGCCCCAGUGUCCCAACAUCAAUUGGUUCUUCAGAUGCUUCAUGGUCUCCCCGCAGAUUUGCAAGCCCAAACCGACCGAUCUCACCCUAAGGCACAACUGAUUUCCUCUCGCUUCUCUUCGUUGUGCAUGAUGAAUAUUUAUCAGAUCCAAUUCUUCCUCUCUUGCUGUUCUCCUCGCCUUGCUGCACCCCCAGUACCAGCUUUGAAGGGUUUCGAUGAUCUCAGCAUUGAGAAGAUCCGCUUCGGCUAUCACAUCUCCACCGAGAUCACGAGGACAAACAUGUUGGCAGCCCUUUCCUUAAGCUCUGGUUCAUCUCCUGGUUGUCACGAUCUGUUCGGCGUUGAAGAUCUCCUCCUUCAUGUAGAUCGUGACCUUCUUCACGCACGGGAAGCUCCGGGACGCAAUAGGAAUGCUCUACAUCAGCGUAUAUUCUUUGUUUUCCCUCUCGAUCACUCCAAGAUUUCUAACCCGAACUCUGUUCAGAUCCGCUUCGGCUAUCACAUCUCCACCGAGAUCACGAGGACAAACGUGUUGGCAGCCCUCUCCUUAAGCUCUGGUUCAUCUCCUGGUUGUCACGAUCUGUUCGGCGUUGAUGAUCUCCUCCUUCAUGUAGAUCGUGACCUUCUUCACGCACGGGAAGCUCCGGGACGCAACGGGAAUGCUCUACAUCAGCGUAUAUUGUUUGUUUUCCCUCUCGAUCACUCCAAUACUGCCAUGGCGCUGAGUGACUACGGGUUUGAAGUGAGUGGUCGUGAACAGUGGCGGACCCAGGAAUUUCGAUGUCUGAAUGAUUCAGCACUUAAUGGUUCAGACUGUUUGUUUCAGCCUCUUAAUGGUUCAGAUGUCUGAAUGGUUAAGAGAUUUGCCUCUGAAUGGUUAAGUAUUAUACAGAGUCUGAAUGGUUAAGAGCUCUUAUCUGAAUUGAUCAGACAUUUGCCUCUGAAUAGUUAAACAAUAUACUAGCUCUUAAUGGUUCAGACCUCUUACUGGUUCAGCACUUAAUGGUUC